AUGCUUUCAAUAGAUUAUAGAUCCAUCUAACCUUAGAAUCGUUAAUAAAUAACACCAAGAUUUUUUACCAUAUUAUUAAGGUAAAGAAUUAAAUUAUUAAUAAAAUAGGAACAUGAUUAUCAGUUUCUAUGAUCAAUUACAAAUCAUUAAAUUUAGAAUUCUUAAAGAAAAACAUACUUCAUUUUAAUAAAAUGAUUGGUAUUUUAUUUAAAUUACUUUAGUCCCAUUUGUUAUUAACAAAUAAAUGAAUCUCACAGUGUUAUUCAAAUGCCUUGCCAUCAAGAACACUACUUUCAUGCUGAAUGUUGUAGAUAAUGGCUUGAGAGAGAUCCAAAUUUUCCAUUGUGUCGGGUAGUAACCUAAAGAUGUGGCAUUACUUGAAUUCAUUUGAAUAUACUUACUUAUUAAUAAUCUAUAUUAAAAUGUAGGAUGCUUAAGACAAGUUAGAAUUACAUUCAAAACUCUUGAAAUAUCCUCCAUUUUACAAGUACAUUUAUUAACUCAAGUAUAUGGCUUAUAAGAUCAUAAAGAAACAAGAAAGAAACAAAUAAUUUAAUGGGGUGAGAUUGUGCAUCUCUACUUUCAAUCACAUAAAGUUUUGGAAUCUUCAAUUAGUGAAAUCCUUAAUUUUCCCAUUUUUUAAGAUUCAUCUUCUGGGAUUAUUAAGAGAUUAGAUUCUUCAGAAAUCAAAGAAAUACUUAAUUAAAUGUCACAAUUAGGAUCCAUAGAAUGGAAAAAUGAUUAAAUUUUCUCUGCGAAUUUGGUUAGUCCUUUCGAAUUAGCAGAUGCAAUCUAUGCUUGGGCUAAGGAGAAAAAAUUGAUUGGUUACACAGAGACAUUAUAAGGCAUAACUGAAGGAAGUCAGACUGAUUAAACUAAAAGUAUUAUUGUACAUAAAUAUAUAGAUUUUAUAAUUUACCUUAAGAAUAAAUUCUCAAAGCAUGCUUAAUUUGAGAAGAAACUGGGAGAUUUUAAGUAUAUGAAUUUGAUGGUUUAUAUAGUAUCAAAUUUAUAUGAUUAUAUUAUUUUACAUCAUAAUAAUUAAGUGUAAUUUCUAUAUUAUCUCAAGAGGUGA